CCUUAUACCACCUCUAAGCCGUCUUCUAUCACUAGUUGCCACAACGUUUUACUGAAAGUAAACAAAAUAUUUUUAAUAAACAAUGAACAUCGCUCAGGUCUGCCGAGUAUGCGCCAACCAAAUCAAGGACCGGAAGCGCGAGCGCAACGUAUUUAAGUACUUGCGCGGAAAGUUGCUGUUGCAACUGAAGAUGAUUACUGGAGUGGAGCUGACAAGGAACCAGGGUCUCCCGGAGUUCAUCUGCGAGCGCUGCUUUUCCGAGCUGGACUUGGCCACCAAGUUCCGCGAGCGCUGCAUCUUCUCGCAGAAGUAUCUGCUGGACAUCAGGAAUAAAAGCCAGGACCCGAGCAUAGUUUACAUAGAUGAAGGUCCCGAGCCGCUGGAUGAGCAGUUGAUCGAUGCGGAUCAGUUGGAAGCGCAGGACGACGAGCAGUUCUUGGUCUAUGAGGAAAUGGUAGAGGAUGGAGAAGAUAUGGACGAAUUUCCACCGGAUGACGAUCCCGAGGCAUCGGUGAUGGCGGCCGCAGAAGCGGCGCACCAGGCGGAUAUCCAGGAGCAGCAAUUGGAACGGGCCGCCAAACGUCGCAGAAACUUCUUUAUCUGCGACGAGUGUGGGCAACUGUUCAACGACGAGUACGUCUACAAUGAGCACCUGGACGGACACCAGGAUCGCAGGGAGAUGAAGCAGUUCUUUCCAUGCCCGGAGUGCCCGAAAACCUACACCAAGAAGGCUCUUUUGAAGCAGCACCGUGCCCAGGUCCACACUGGCCAGCGCCAGUUCCGAUGUUCCAUCUGUAACGAUGUGUUCUCGUCUCUGGGAGCCAAGCUGCGUCACGAAAAGGCCCAUCAGAACGAACGACCUUAUCCAUGCUUGGAAUGCGGAAGGAUUUUCAGCAGCGUCUCAGCUUUGCAGGCCCACUGUUCGACCCACCUAGAGGAGAACCGGAAGUUCAGGUGUGAGCCCUGCAAUAAGGAUUUUAUAGCUCGAAAGGACCUGCUGGAACAUACGAAAACCAAACCGCACAAGCGAUUGGCUCAACAUAUGCAGGAUGAAAUUGAAUAUAUCUUUGACAGUUAAACGUUAUUAUAUUCCUAAGUUAUUAUCACUCGUUUUUAUCAGUACAUUCUUGGUAUCAGACAAAGCUGAUAUGCACGUUCUAUCGAUUAGUGAAACCGCUUUUGUGUUACGUUAGUGCAUCGCUUUUAGUUUAACAUUAGAUCAGAAACAUUAGAUUAUUAAUCAUUGGAUCAGAACAUAAAAAAAUGAAAUGAAUGAAUGAAAAUGAAAUAAACAAAAUGUUCUUUCUUUAAGUUGAUUUAUGAUAUUAA